CCACCCGAGCCGCGCCAGCCAGCCACUCCCUCUCUCACCACCCCGAAGUUGCUCCAGACAUAUCACACCAGUUCAUACAAGAUGAAGCCCGUCGUCUCCGCUCUAAACGCAUGGUCCUGCGUGGUCAUCUCCGUCUUCGCCAUCGUUAUUCUCUCCGUUUUGGGUUCGCUAUACAAGAGCGAACACCCCGGUUUCACUGGCUCCGAAGGCGAACCUGAAGAUGGCGCCGCGGUCGCAGCUUCGAUUUUCACCGCCGUGUUGGUUUAUAUUGCUUUCUUCGUGUUCUGCGCUUUCCAGGCUUACUUGCACAUGAGGGCCCGGAGGGGCGGGGCUAUAUCGUUGAGUUAAAUGGUGUUUAACAUUGCUUUGCGAUUUUGAGUUUUGUUUGGAAGAGGUGGAUUGCUGGCUUUAUCGUGCUGGAGGGGGAAGAAGAGUAUCGAUGCAGAUGCGGAUGGAUCAUCGAGAGAUGUACAACUUAUCCCACUGGAGGGCAUACUUUCCUUGGAUGUAAGAGAAAGAGAAAGGAAAGGAAAGGAAUGACGAUAUUGUCUGCGUGUGCUGUGCUACGUAUGACAAUCUGAUCGUGGGAGGCUCACUCCAUCCUCGCUUGCUUAUCAUAAAGCCGGAAUGGUAUUGGAUUGAUUAUCAUUAGCUUCUUCCGUUGUGAUGUGAUGUGAUCUUUGGAUUGAUUGAUCUUUUUUGCGCCGUUCUAUUUUUUCUGGUGUAUUUUGCGGGUUGUAUAUGUAUAUAGUCUUUGUUCGAAUAGAACUUGUGUUUCCGCAAAUAUGAUCAAUCCUUC